GCCUCAGUCUCAUGGUCCGAUUCGUCGGGUCUGUAUUCACCUUGUGCCCGUCAAUUUUCAGGCCGCCCGCUCCUGUCGACCGCCUUGUGCCGAGCUGUCACGCGCCAAGGUAACAAAUUUUGUGCAUCGAAAUGGAUAUAAGUUUGUCAGAUAAUAUAAUGACGUCAGAAUUAGAUGAUCAACUAGUCAGCAUUUCUAAUCAUCAUUCUCAUUCCAACAGUACUGUAUCUACACAUAUCAGUAAUUGCAAUGAUUUCACCGGAACAACAUAUUUUACCACUAAUGUUUUAGGUAAUGUUAUCACACACAACUUACAACAUGUAGCUAAUUUACAAAGUGAUUGUAAUAAUGGUGUUUUACUCGAUGAGCAAGAUGUUGAUCACAAUAUUGGCGUCGGUAGUGAUAAUGAUGUUGUUGGUGACGACAAUGACGAUAAUUUAUUUGACGACUUAUCCGCUGCAAUCGAGGCAAUCAAUGAAGCGAAUCGUUUAAACUCUGCGUGUGAUAAUGAUAUUGAUGAAAUUGAUGGAGUUUGCUGUGAUGAUUAUGAGAGUGGAGUUGUGGUCUCCAAUGUUAUGUCAUCAUCGUCAGCAGUACAACAGUUACAAUCACUGAGAAAUAAUGUCCCAGCUAUCACAACUUUCCACUCAAUAUCGUCUUCAUCAUCACCAUGCCAUUUUGUGACACAUCCAUUAUUUGCAAGUAUUCCUAUCACCACUACAACCGCAAUUGGUACUGCCACUACAAAUCAAUUGACUUUGUUUAAAUGUGAUACUGCCGAUCAAAAAGUUGAAGAGGAUCAAUAUAUACAUGAAAAUGAAAAUCUGGUUGAAAAGCCAGAUCCAACUGAGUUGGAAUCUAAUAAUUGUAUAAGUCAUAUACCGUCGUUAAUGACAGCUUCAUCAUCACGUUCCAUAAGUUCAGUUCAAUCAAGUUGGCGUUUAUUAUUACGUCCAAUAUUUGAGAAAGCUUUAAUCGAACGGUUAUGGACUAGUGGAGAAUUGGGGUCCUCAAAUCCACACUCUUUAUUAUUAUCAAUGUGGUUUUAUAUUUCACGUCAUUUCGGUAUUGGAUGUCGUACAGAUCAUGCUAAACUUGCAUAUGGCAAUAUCGUAAUAGGCGUGAAUUCAACAACUGGUGAACGUCAUUUGCAGUUUACUAGCCUCCCACAUGGAGCUGUUUCAGUGGGAACAUUAAGAAAAGUAUCAAAAAGUACUAAAGAGUUUGCACCACCGGUGAAACCACGUCAACCAGAUACUCUUCUUCCUGAAUGUCUCACCAAACCUGAUCGUUGUCCAGUUCGUUUAUUUGAAGCUUUCUGUUCACAUCGUCCAUGCUCAUCAAACUCUGUUGAAUCUCCAUUUUAUUUACAACCCGAACGAUGUAAUUCCAUAAUUCAUGCAUCAAUGAAUAAUCCAACUUGGUUCACAUCAAAUGCUCUUGGUAAAAAUAAAAUUGGUUCAAUGUUGAAUGGUGCAUUACAAAAUAUUGGUAUGCCUGUUGGUCGGCAGGUAAAUUUAGGCCGAUUUUGUGAUUCAUUAAUCGCUGCAGCAUUUUCACACUCCGGUGGUGGUAAUGUCGGUGAAGCAUUACGUAGUUUAUUGUUUUUAAAUUGUCGACCAAAUCAUCAUAUACCAGAGUCAUUAUUACCAAGUAUUACAUUGUAUGCAGAGAAUAUUGUACAAAUGUCAACAACACCGAAUUCACCAGUCUAUACAUAUUUAACUAAGAUAUGUUCAACGAAAGCUGUGAAAAAUGUUAAAAAAACUAGUUUAAAACUAGCAAAAAUUCCGUCGAAACUAUUGUAUUCCGUAAGCGUUGAUCAUAAAAGUAAUAACCAUGAUGUUAAUGAUAAUGAUGAUGAUGAUGAUGAUGGUAAUCAUCAUUCAACAAAUGUCACUAGUAAUUUAACUGUAACUUCUACGACAAAUCAUAAUUGUAUUGAUAGAGUCGGUGUGAAUAAUUUGAAUCCAUUAUCAACUACUCCUACUGAAGGAAAUGUUUGUAUUAAUUCGAAACAGACAACUAUUCGUUACAAUGACCAUCACUCUUUGGAUGAUGAAGAUGACGAUGUAGACGACGUAGCGAUUGAUUCAUUUGAUUUGGACAAUUCCAAUUCAUCAAUUAAUAAUCCCACUACUGACGGGCUACAUUCAGUACAUCAACAGUUAAAGGAUAGUCAUGUCAGAACUGGAAUCGGGACAAUUAACAGUAACAAUAACGACAACAGUGGUAAUGAUGAAUUAUUAAAUUGCUUACCUAAAGUCAAAUUAUCUUCAAGUCAGGAAAAUUUGAAUAUGGACGUUUCACAAACAUAUCCUUUCGGCAAUAUUAUUCAGGCACAGGGUGGUAGUGGACAGACAUUAUUUGAUAUAAAUAGUAGUCAACUGUUACAUUCACAACAUCAACUCCAAUAUUCUAAUUUUCCACAACAACAACAGUUGAAUAAUCCGACGGAAUUUCUUUUUACACCUUUAUCAUAUCCUCCUAAUACCAAUGUAAAUAUUUCUUCAUUCUCUCCUGCUGUAAUAUUUGUACCAGCUUCGUAUACAACAGCGAUCGGCCAUAAUCGUAUGGAAUUUGUAGCUGGUCCCGAUGGUACUGCCGUUGAUACAUCUGAUUCAUCUGUUGUUGCCUCUUCUUCAUCAACAAUACCAUCUAAUUUAGGUAUUUGUUCAUCGAUAUCUGCUGCAUUGCCAUUAGAUGAGAAUAUGAUUGAUAUUUCUCGUCUUGGUGGUAUUGAAAAUAUAAUGCCUACAACUAUGAUUUCAUCAAGUACACCAAUUAAACAAUCAUCACCGGAAGUUACUGUGUCACAUUGUUCACAACCAGAAUUGGCUACAAAAUCUAAUUUAUCGUCUAAUCGAAAUGAUACAAUAAUUCGUUGUCAACCUAAUGAUGAUAUACGUAUUGAUCUGCGUAAAUCUGGUGGUGGUUCCGGUCGUUCGGUUAAAUUGGAAUUACGUGAAUUAUUAGAUCUUGUAUUAGCAGCUGCAGCUCGUACACCGAAUUGUUUAGUUUUAGCAGAUAGUGGUAAGAUUUAUUCUCCACUUCCUGGUACAUCACAACGUCCUCCAGUUGGUCUAGUUACUCAAUUACUUUGGCGUGCUCGUGCUCUAGACGAUCGUGGACCAUGGAUUUUAACUUUUUCUAUGUGGUGGUUAAUGCAACACUAUUUUGGUAUUGGUAGCCGAAUGCAUCAUGUACGGUUACGCUGGGGACAUUUAAGAUUGGUAUCUAAUGUUAUUGAUCCUCUUACUGGAGAGUUAUGUGAAGCAAUUGAAUAUGUUGGUCCUUCAGCAUUCACUACAGUUAAAGCAUGUGCCCUACUUGAAUCUAAUUCAUCUUCAAAAGAUCAACCUGUUCGUCGUGUUUAUCCUUCUUCAGGUUGGGGAGAAGCUGAGAUUGCAGUUGCUUCAGCAUUGGCUUCUGAACACAGCGCUAAUCGCCCAAGGGUUCGUCCUCUUGAAAUUGAUCCAACUGUACCACCCGUUCCUGCUCGUUCUGGUCCUGAUUUUGUAUCUUUGUAUAAAUCAUUUGCUAGACAUAGACAACAAGCAUCGUUACUUCCAGAAGCACCAUUUUAUGUUCAACCUUUACAGAGUUCAACUUCAGCUCUUCAAUCAAAAUCUGCAAUUGCUUGGUUCAGUGUUGGUGCAUUAGGCAAAAAUCGUAUUGGUGCAUUAAUGCGUAACAUUGUUGAUAAAGUUGUUCGUCCAGAUAUGCAACGAAUUGCAACAGCUGCUCUGUCAGCGGCCACUACUGCGUGUGUUAUAGCGGCGGAUAGAGCUGCAUUAGCUUUAAAUCAACGUGAGAAAUUCAAUUGUGUUAUGGCUAAUCGUUGUGCUACUACUACCACUUCUACAAUUAUUGCUAAUCAUAAUACUAUUAGUAGUAACAGAAAUAAUGACAGUAAUUAUACUUCAGAUUUAAAUUAUCGUCAACAGUCAUUAGUCGAUAAAUUAUCCUGUUUACUAGGCACUAAUAUGUCUGGUAUGACUAAUCCAAGUAAUGAUAUUUUGCUUACAUCAUCAUCACCUACGAUUAUGAAUAACACGACUAUCACUCGAACAAUUAGUACUGGUAGCAACAAUACUACUACUAUCGGUAAUAAUAAUAAUCCCAACAUAAUGAUGCUUUCACGUUUAGAUAACCCUGAAACCACAAGUAUACUUCUUUCAUCAACUCCAACACUACUACAUUCAUCACGUACAGAAGAGAUGUGCAGUUCAAAUAAUCAAUUUUUAUUAAAACUACCGAAAUUAAUGCAACAAUCAGUAUCAUCAUUACCGUCAUCAAUUGUAUCAUCUUGUAGUAGUAAUUCGUUGAUGAAUACAAAUAAUAAUAACAUAUCUCUAUCAUCUAUGAUUACUCCACUAUCCGGUAAAUUGUCAUCACCACCACCGCCGCCCCCAGUACAAACAUCGUCAUCAACAUUAGCUGAUUUUCGUAAUCAAAUUUUAUACGAAACCUCACCAGUUCAACAACAACAGCAAAACUUUGUUCAUGAUAAUGAUCGAAUUAUUGUUAAUCCAACCACUCAACUGAGUGCAAAUAGUUUUAUCCUAUUAACCACUGUAGAUGGGCAUACAUUUUUAGCGCCUAGUAGUAGUAUUUAUCCACCAACCUCAACAGCAACGACAACAAUAGCGACUAAUCAAUCGAAUAGUUAUAUCUUGAUGCCUAAUUCAACAUCCACUGGAACUAAUACUGCAUUUAAUACAACUAAUAUAUCUUUACAACAAUCGGAACAGUUCGAUCCUAUACAACUUCAAUCUCAUCAAGCUAAUCUCAAUUCAUUGCAACAAAGUACAUUUAUCUUGUCGAGUUCAAGCAAUCCAACUUUAAAAACACAAAAUUCGUUGACAACGACAAAAAUCAAUCCCACGGCAUCUUCACCAGCGACAACCACAUCACGAGCAUUUAAUCAACCUGUGGCAUGUCAUCUAAUAUCACAUCCAAGUAGUAAUAAUAAUAAUAGCACUAAUGCAGUACCGGUGAAUUUAAUUCUCUUAUCUACCUCAACUUCGCCUGGUUUUUGUUCUGCUCCAAUUGUAUUGAAUACAACUUUACAACCUCAAAUUCAACAUCACCAAGAGCAGUCACAAUAUUGUAAUUUACAAACAAUUUAUCAGUCAGACAAGCGUCAGUGUGACUUUGAUUUCAAUCUACACUCUGCUAGUAGAGAUGGUGGCGCUUUCAUGGAUUCACUUCAACCGUUAAUUAUUCAAAGAAAUGAUUCCAAUAUAGCUACAAUUGUUUUGAAUACAAAUAAUGAUGAUAUACCUGUUCGUCGAACAAUCACUUUAAUGAAUUCAUCGAAUCCGACAAAUAGGACCAACAGUAGUAAUAGUAAUAAUAAUAUUAAUGAUAAUUGUCGGAUGAAAUUAUCCCAAGUAAGCACCAGUUCGGCACCUACCACAACCACCACAACAACUUGUAUUACUACUACUACCACCAUACUUCCAGCCUGUAAUCAAAUAUUUUAUGGUCGUAAUUCAUUACAACAUCAACAAUUACAAUCUCCACUUCAAGGUUAUGAAAUAUCAGACCACCAAAAUUUGACAUCCUCUACAAAUGUUGGAGGUACAACUACAACCUCAGCUUUAAUUCAAGUUAGUCCAUUGAAAUCAGAUUAUAAUGCACAGAAUGGUAGUAUUGUUCAAGCUCUUUCAUAUACUGGUGAUAGACAACCGAUAACCAUUACACAACCUGAUGAUGUCGUCGGUGACGUUGGUCACAAUGGCGUUACACAAUCACAGUUUUCAACAUUAAUUGAAGCGAAAUUGGAACCAUCAACAAUUAAUUCUCACAGCCUUCUACAACAAAAUAAUCAUCUUGUAACUUCAUCGAAUUCAAUGCAUAAUCAACCGAUAAUCACUUUUCUUCCAUUAAAUAAUGAUUAUUUAUUCAAUAACUCUAGUAAUAAUUUUACUUCUACGACUGCGACAACUGGUACUACUACUCCUACUAUUGCUCAUGAAAUCGGUUCAACAACGUCUAGAACUACAACUACAAAUAAUAACAAUAAACCGGAUAUUUAUUUUGAAGUUCCCCUUAGUAAUAGAGAUUUGUCUAGCUCAGUUCAAACAGUUUAUCGUUUGUUAUAUACUGACAAUUCUGGUCGGACGAUAAUCACCAAUGAGUCGGCGUUGAUUAAUGAAGCCGGUCAUGUUAUUAUCAAUAAUGAUAGCAUUUAUAAUAACAAUAAUAAUCAUGGUGUCAGUAGUGAGAAUAACAGUAAUAAUGUGUUGAAUGCAAUGAGUAUACUUGGAGCUGAGUACUCACCCUACCAUUCUUCUUCCUGCGCUUCUUCAUCAACUGAUCACUAUACUAUUGACCAACUUCCGAAUAUUAUUAAUCGCCAACGUCAGUCGAUACCUUGUCCCUAUGUAGGAUUUUCACCAGUAUCGUCAGCAUCAACGUUAACAACGGCGUCAACUUUAUCAGUGCCAUUAUUGUCUAUCGGCAAUACAUUUACAUUAUCAUCAACAGCGUUGAAACUACAACAGUCUAAACAUUCAUCAGUUACUACAUCGAAUAUGACAAAUCGAUUACAAACAUCAAACCAACAUAAUAAUCAUAAUAUUAAUAAUAAUCUUGAUGAAAUCCAUGUUGAUUUUAUUAAUGGCAUGUCCAAUACUGGUACUACUACUACUUCUACCACUAAUACUACUACAACUGCUACUGCCAGAAAUGCUACAAAUAUCAGUUUUGAUGGUGGUAAUCAGUUGAUAUCAGGCUAUCAUCAUCAAAUUAAAAUGGACGAUAGUUGUUAUUCAUCAUCUUCUGUUGUGACGACUGCAACAAAUCCGAUGAUGUCUAAAGGACAUUAUCAUAAUGUGCAUAAUAAUAACAAUAGUAGUACUACUACUAAUAAUAAUAUUCGAAAUAACUCAUUACUAACUCUUCCUUCUUUGUCAAGUAUGACAUGUCAUUUAACCCCAGUGGAGCCGAAACCUGAUCAAUUGAGAACUUUACAGUCUGUUAUUAAUUCUGCCAGUGCCUUCCAAUGUUCAGAUUUUCCUGCCUAUGUUGAACAGUUAUUCCGUAAAGGUAUACUGAGUGGUCGAAGACCAUGGUGUUUAAAUUUUACUGCAUGGUUUAUCAAUACGUUAGUUUUUGAAGUGGAAAAUCGUACAGAACAUGUCAGUCUACGUUGGGGUGAUUUUCGUCUGUGUCAAACUGCAGAUAGACAAACAGAAUAUAUUUAUUUUAUUAAUCGAAUUACAAAUAAACGUUAUUAUUUAGCUGGAUCACCAACAUCAUGUUGUGCAUUGGGUUACAAAAAAAGUGAAUUUGAUAUGAAGUCAAUACAUGAACCACCUGUUCGAUGUCCUUGUCCUGUAGCUAUAUUCAAGGAAUUAAGAGAUAGGCGACCUAGUGGUUGUUUGGAUCCUUAUUCAAAAUUUUACUUACAAGUGUGUUCAAUUUUUCUUUUCAUUAUUAUGGUUAUUAAUGUCAUUUUGAAUUGUAUGUUCCAAUCAUUUGGAUCAUGAGUUUCUACUAACUUCGUUUGGUUUGUUUAUAAGUUUAAACCAUUCUGAAUAGUUAGUAUUUGUGUUUCUGUAUGAUUUCUGAUAUUAUACAUCCUUUUCAAUAAUUCUUUGUGUAUGGAUAAUGAUGAAUUGCAUAAGCGACUAGGAAAUUGAAUUUACAAUCAACUGUUAUGUUAAACGCCAAGAAAUUGAUGAAUUUAACAACUGUUAAUUUGAAUGAAACAGGAUCUUUGGAAGACAGUUCAUUCACUGUUUAAAGAUAGUCAUUAAAAUAGACGAUAGCCACUGUCAAAGAUGUAACAAAAUUGAUUUGUCAUCUUUACACUCUGUAGUUUCUGAAUCUGUUUGUUUUUAUUAAUUAUUUUCUACAUUUUGGUAGCCAUUACAUCACUCGCAGAUGAGUGACUGGCUUUGGGAUUAUUUACUACUGUGGUAAAAUUUCCUUACCUAAAGUUUUCAUAAUUUCUACUGAACACCAAUUUUUUCAAUGGGCAGUAAUAAUUUCACGAUAUUAGUCAGUCAGUCUUUAUCAAUGUAGGAUCUAGGAUGAAUUUGUAUUGGUCAGAGUUACCACACGUGGUAAUAUCAAUUUGAUGAAAUAAGGAAUUAAGAUGAUAGGAAAGAAAGCAAUGUAAUCGUUAUCAUAGCUUAAAUUUGAGAAAUACUGUCUGAUAGAAGGAUAUGAAAUUGGCCAAUGAACUAAAGGUUUAGAGAUAAUAGUGCGAAAGGGACCGAAUGCAACAGCGGUAGUGAUACCGUUUUGUUGCCAUUUCACUGAUAGAUGCUAUCUCACAAUCACUGAUAAAUUCGUUUGUUAAGCACAUUGAAUACGGUCAGGUCACCAAACCAAAAUCAAACAUAAAGCAUACCAAGUGUGGUUUUGACUAUAUAAUGAAUGUUCUGAGUCCCGUACUAUGAUGAAAUACCGGCCUAGUGCCUCUUGGUUAUAUAUAGCUUAAUAAUGGAUUCGUUAGAUAGUGAUCUCUCCGCUGAAUUUCGUGUUUGCAAUAGUUGUUCAACUAAGAUUAAUUAACUAGUAAUUUGAUUAAUUCAUUUUAUAUUAUUUGUUUGAAUCUUCUCAUUGAUGUUUACGACUGCAAUUGAUCAAUCUCUUAUUGGCAUAUGUAUAUACUGUGCGGAUUGCCUCGACAUUGCUUAAGCAACAAGUAUCAUAAACUGAGAUGAUGGUGGCAAGCAGUGGAAUCCAGGACACGCGUUUCACCCUAUUUGAGACUCGUCAGCUGGAUGCACCUGCAUCCCAGUGUUGAUGUUCACUCUAAGGUUCGAACCCAGUACCGUUCGCUUCGAAAGCCAUCACAUUAUAUACUUGCCUCUGAUAUGCAAGUUCAUCAAGCUGAAGAGUUUCAAAUAAGACGAAACGCGCGUCCCGAGUUCCAAUGCUAGACACCUUCCAUCUUUGCUUGUAAUAUUAAUUUAAUUGGCUAUUCCUACUUUUAGUUCAAUGAUUGAAUAGGUGUUAGUUUUUUCUACAUGUUUAUUUUUCCUAUUCUUUCCUGACUCGAAUAACAAAACGUAAUUAUAUAGCCUCGUAAUGUUGAAUGCCCCGAUGCGAAUGAUAUUGAAGAAAUACACGAUAAAGUUCAAAAAUGUCAUUUAUUACCAGCUAAUAGUAAUUGGUUCACGGAACAUGCAUGGGGUAAAAAUAAACUUGGUGGUCUAUUCGCUGAAGCAUCAAAACUUGCUGGUUUACCAACAAUCUGGUUACGUAAACAUAGAUCAAGAAAUUUUUUCCCCGGUGGUGGAGGUUCCGGUAUCGGUGCACUAGGCAAUCUUCAUCAUCAUAAUCAAUAUUUUCAUAAAACUGACAACAAUAUUGAUAGUGAUACAAAUUUGUACAAAAGUAAUACUAGCACUACGGAAGACGAUGCAGAACAUGCGAUUACUACAUCUAAGGAGAAUAAAGGAAUGGUUAGUAGUACGCAUACAGAGAAUAAACGUAGACGAUUAAUGAAUCCAGUUAAAGAUGUAGUUUCAACAACGUCUUCGAACACAGCAACUACAUCGACGACAGCAAUGGUGUCAACAACAGCGACAACGAUUAUUGGUACAAUGAAUGCAACGAUGACUGUUGAUCAAAAGGAUCCUAAUAUUGUCAAUAGUGUAAAUAUACUACCUAGUUCAAUGACUAUAUUGAAGCCGAAAGAAGUACUGUAUACUUCAACUAUCAGUUAACAGUUCCAGCUUAAUGGACAGUCAGUAUACAUAUACAUAUACCUACUGCAGAUAUUUUCUGACCACCUCUUACAUAUUUCAUUCAUUCCACAUGCACACAAAUAUUUAUUUGUUUAGCUUAUUUAAGUUUCAAUCAUUCAUUUGAUAUCUCUGAUUUUCAGAAUUACACUUACCUAGAUAUAUGGAACUCUACUAAUUCUGUUUUUAUACAUUUGAUUUAUUGAAUUGAUUAUAAUAAGCAAACCAAGAGAGAGAGAGAGAGAGAG